CCACAUGGCUGACGUGUUGAAAUGUGGAAGAGACAAAUCACCAAUGUUCGAACUGAUGCAAUUUUUCCAUGUCUGAUACUGUGUGGAAGAGCCUGGCAUCUCGCUGAUCACAACCAAGCUGUCCUGGUAUAGUAUUCAGAACUUAUCAACUUUGGACUAUAAUGGUAAACACCAUGAAGAUUUUCCUCACAGUGACACUUGUAAUGUUCAGUGUUCUGUUCUACAAGAUCUGCGUGGAGAGUGCCACAUCCCCUUCAACUAACAAUGGGGCUUUGACUGUGGUGCCAGACCAAGACAGUGGUGAUGAAGAUGAUGGAGUGACUGUGAGUGAAGAAUUAUCAGAAAUCGAAUACAGUGAUGAAGUGUUCUAUCCAACUAAAGACUGGCAGAAGGUCAAGAAAGGUCAAGCUGUUCCAUCUGGCCUUCAUGUAAGACUAAACCUAGAAACCGGUGAGAAGGAGGCCAAGCUGAUGGAGGGGGAUGAUGGGAUGAAGUACUGGAAAGAAGGGGACAGGCAAGGUAUGGUCAAUCCUAAAAACAAGUUUUUUUCAAGAGAUGAGCUGAAGCAAGCCCUAAAGGAUUUCAAAGCUGAGGCUGUUGAUGAGGAAACUACAAAGAGGCGAGAAGAAAGUGUGAAGAAAAAGUUCAGGAAGUAUGAGGACCUGAAGAAGGAUUUGGCAUCCAUGAACAUGGACAUUAAAACUGACGGUGAAAUUAUAACAACUUUGGUGGAGAGGUUGAAGCAGGCUAACACAGAGAUAAAGGAAAAACGUAACACCUUAACAAACCUGGAAUUUUAUCUGCAUCAGAUUGACAACGCUGUGAUGUUUUGUGACAUGGGAGGUAUGGCACCUCUAGUUAGACUUCUCAAUCACACUCACAAGGACCUGAGGGCAGAGGCAGCUUUUGUGUUAGGCUCUGCUACACAGAGUAAUCCGAAGGUACAAGUUCAGGCUGUGGAGACUGGUUCCUUGCCCCAGCUCAUCAGGCUGCUGUCAACUGAUGAAGACAUGACUGUCAGAAAACGUGUUCUUUUCUCCAUAUCGUCUCUAAUACGACAGUUCCCAUUUGCGCAGCAGAAGUUCCUGCAGCUCGGAGGGCUAGCUGCUUUGUCACAACUUUUCUCUGAGAAAGGCACGGAGAAACUACAGCUGAAAGCUAUCACCCUAUUGAAUGAUCUCUUACUUGAGCAGAAACAUAUUAAGGAGAUGAAUCCUGAUGACUCCAGUGUAAAAUUAAGAAUCGAGCAGUACAAAGAAGUGCCGCUGCUGGAGACAAUGUUAGAGCAGGGUUGGUGUGAAAUGAUUCCAAGGCUUCUUGACGCGUCUGAGCAUGAUGUACGGGAGAAGGUGCUACAGGCUAUGGUCAACCUCAGAGACCCGUGUAAACACAGCUUUUCCAAAUCGUUUCACCGCUUACAAAAACUUCAGGCAGAAUACAAGGAAUUGGCAGAAGAAGAGAAGGUUGAUGGAGCUGAUGAUGAAUACUUCACAACUUUGCUGAAUAGUGUUAAUUCUGUUAUUGUGAAGGUGGCAGAGAAAGAGGAGUUGUAGACAGAUGAUGUGUGCAUGGGUGUAUGUUGUUUGUGUGUGCAUGCUUGUGAUAACAUAUUGUUAUGUUUCAUCCGUCUUUGCUGCAGAUCCUUGCUGGUCAAGUGAUCAAGAGUGCUAUCUUUGACUACUGAGGUUGACGUUUCAAAUCUAGCUCCUUAUAUGUUGGCCAUGCGAUUGACGCGUCAGGAAAUUUGACAUUUACAUAGCACUGAAGAUUCUUUAGUUUGCCUAUUUAGUGAUACAUGGCUCCGUUUCCUCCACCUUGCCUAAGUAGUUUUGCAUGUGAUAUGAAAGUUACAUGGAAAUGCAUAAAUAAUUUACUGCAACUGACAUUCCAUUUAUUUGUCACGUGGGACUUGUAUUGUCAAUUCCUUAGUGAGAAUGUACAUUUACAUGUAGGUGCUGUGGACUAAAGAUAUAUGGUUUCCACCAUGAAUUUUUUGACCAUUCCUUCUAUCCUUCUCUACAUUAUCUGAUCUUUUUAUCUCAAAGAUAUACUGGUAAUGUUGUUUUGCUAGGAAAAGUCAUGCUUCAGUAUUCUCUUGCGUUGACACUGACCAGCCAUAAAGGUGCACUUCAUUGUGUUUGAAGUUUUUGUUUAUUUAUUUAUUGUACAUAAGCAUCCAUUUCACUUAGAUUAAUGUAUCAUGCUCAGUCGCUUUGUAAUAUUUUUAUUUUGAAAUGAUUGUACAAAAGAAUAUGUACAUUUUUACGAAUUUUCGGUAUGAAAUAAUAGGAGAGUUUCGAGUUGGUACUCUUUUGUCAUCAAAGGUAAAACAAUCCUACUGUGUCAUGUGACAUGUGAAAAAUGUUAGGCAACCUUUGUUGACAUCAGUUUACCGAUCACUUGCCUCACCCUGUUCCAGAGGCAUAAUUGACACCUCUUUCCUUUAGGAACUUCUCAUGUUCACCAAUAUUUAGCAUCUCAAUUUUCUCCAUCAUUCAUGUAGGCUAAAUUACAUUUCAUAAAACUUUUUUUCAUGUGCCAAUGUGAUCCAAAAUACAUACAUACAAAUACACAGCCUAACAUUUUUGACAGAUCACAUAAUGCAGUUUUUCUCGCGUUAUUGAUAAAUCAGUUCGAACUCGAAACUCCCCUUUUCAUGCUAUUAAUGUUUAAUAUAUACCAAAACUGUGUUUAAAGAGGAACACUUAGAACUGCUGUCCCUGUCAGGAUAACAUAUUGACACAUUGUGAAUGUAAAUAUUAAAAAUAUAUGAAUAAAAUGAAUUAUGGUCAUCAAUAUGUUUGUUUGUUUUUAUAGAUCGUUUGAUCCAGUUUGUUAUUUAGCCAGUUCAAGAUCCCUGUAUGCAAUACAAAGAAUGAGUAAAACAAUGUAUCUUAAAUAAACACAAUUAUAAAUAAG